UAGCUCAUAUUCGGCGCUGUCAGGGGCGAGAGAUGUCGCGAUACUCGAAGACGAAGAAACAUCAGAUUGGAGAAUUGUCCUUGUUGGUCAAUGGACUGAAUUUUUCUUCGCUGGAUGUGGGAUCGAUCAAGGAUGCCAUCCAGAAGCUCGAUGCUCGAUUAGAGGAAAACACGGGAAGGUAUGAAACGUUCUUCAGGGACCCCUAGGAAAUCACCCUAUUCAGACGGUCUCCCUUAGUUUUGCCCUAACUGAUCAUCAACGAAUGGCCAUGUAUUUUAUAUGCAUGUGGAAAGCAAAUUUGGCCCCCGUAAAGUGGCCCGCAUGCACGACCAUGUCUCUCUAGGGUAUAACGUUUCUGCUUGAUUUUGAAUUUUUUUUUUGUUUCACCAGAGUUUCUAUUACCGUCCUUAAUUUUUGUCGAAAUUCUCCUUUUAAUUUCUGAUCGCUGCAGGUGCAUCCGUUUUAAAAUUAUUCGCUUUUAGGUCAUAUCAGCAUAGCGGCUAUUAGGAUUAUGGAUAAACGUUCUGCUAGGGUUUUAACCCUGGCAACCUAGGUUGAAUACUGUAUAUGACUUACAAUAACAUCUUAAGACAUAGCUAAGACACAGAACGCCAUGUAGAGGGGGUUUACGGUAUUGCGAUGUAUUGAGGUUUUUUUCAAGCGGUAUUUCGGUAAUUUUGAUUUUAAAGUACGGUAUUGUGGUAUCAUUUAGCACUGCGGUAUGCGGUUUUUCAUCCUUUUGGCCAAUGGGACAUUCGGUAAAAGAUCUUUCAUGGUAUUGCAGUACUGUUCAUUGCACUCUCCUGUCUAAUGGACAUCAGUAUUUUUAAGGCUUUAGAUUAAUGAUAACUGAUUACACAAUUUCUGACAGACAAAAUUGGUAGAGCAUCCUUUUCGAUCGUUGUACUGAUCAAUUUGAGGUCGUCUCACGUUUCCUCGCAAUGGCUGAGGUUGAUUGCUGGUGCAUAAAUGCAUGAGAUAAACAAACACGCAAGAUGGACACAACUUUAAGUAAGCGUAUCUGAAAAUAAUUGCAGUAUCAGUAUUUCAUUGAUAUUUGACACGCUAUUUUGGUAUUUGCCAAAUUUUCUUACUGUAUUGUGGUAUUGGGUACCCCCCAACUCAAUGCCCCCCUCGAUGUACAAAUGAGCUUCAUGUUUUAUAUUAGACGCAAACUUUUAGAAUGCAUGCCUUAAUUUUAGAUUGAGCAGAAAAAUUUUUGCUUGGCCAGAUGCGGGGCUGGCAUGGAAAAAUUCUUUACUUUGUCACAUGGGUGCAUGGUAGAUUACUAUUAUUACUAGAAACAGUCACAUGAGAACAAGUCCGGGAUAACAAGACGUGAACCAUCUUGUCUUGUCUAGGACAUACUUAUACUUUGUACAAUUCACGUUUUAUUUAGGAUGUAUCUUGUCUUAAGAUGUGUCUUAUUUUUCCUUUUACAAAUAACCUUAAUAUAGCUUUAAAUGACAAGAUACUCUGUAUGCUUGUAAAAUGGCUUAAAAUGCAGUAUUAGAGACACAAUAAUUUCAUGUGAAAUAGAGGUGUUGAUACAAAGUUACAAAUCCACAAUGUUUAUGAGUGUUUAUACUUUAACAUGUAUGUGAAGCAGAAAUAUAUUAAGGUGGUGGGGAGGGUUGUUCUUUUUCACUGCACCUCUUCAUGGACAUUCCUCCACUUGUCCCAAUAUUUUCACCCCAAUUCACCUAUUUUCCCCUGUUUUCCCCACCCCACCCCAAAUGGUCCCCUAUUAUCCUCGCCCUGUCUCUAAGUUUCUCUCCUAAUAUCCUCAUCCUAUUCCCCUUUAAUGUCCCAUGUUACUGUCACCCAUUCUCCCAUUACCUCUUACUCCCCUCACCCCAGUCCCCCUAUUGUCAAGGCUGUGCUGUAAGAAAAAUUGAAGGGAGCCCAGUGCUCUAAACUUGUAAAAUACAGGGCACCCAGCAUGUGAUUUCUGUGAAAAAAUUAAGAUUUUUUAGUAGCCCAAGACUAAAAGUUAGGCGCUACAGGCCACUGGUUGCUGCUAGAGUACAGCCCUGCCAAUCCUCUGUUAUUCUCACUCAUUUCCACCAUUGUCUCUUAGGGUGCUUUCCAUUUCUCAGAACUGACCAGCCAGCCCAUUCCCAUCAUAAUGAGAAUUUCACUUAAAAUCAAAACUAACCAUCCAGAUCAGUCAAAUCCUAAAUAUUAUGUACAAGGGAGAUGGUUUUUCAGCAAACCUCUUGAAAAAAGCCUAUUUUUCAUUGCCAAAAUGUCUGGUCUGACCAUGAUCCAGCUGGCCAGUUCUGACUUUUGCAAAGCGCCCUUAGUAUCCUCACUCCAUUCCCCCCAUUGUCCCAUGGUAUUGUUACUUAUUCCCAUUGCAGUUGCCUCUUACUAUCAUUAUCCCUUCUUCCUAUUGUCUGCUAUCAUCCUCAGUCCACUCCUCCUUUUGUCCCCUGAUACCCUACCCCCUACUUCAGUGUUGUACUGUACUCGUGACACUGUUGAGUUUUGUGUUUAAAAUUCUUUCAAGAACGGUCUCCUUGUAAAGACAUCAUUGAACAAAAUCAUAAUUUCCCUUUACAUUAUUUUAUAGCUUGCAGGAAAGCUGGGGACAGUUUGUGGAUGUUUGCAAUACCAUCUCUCAAGACAGAAAUCAAAAUCCUUCUGAAUGGUUAAACUCAAGAGGGGCAGUUGAUCUUUUGGCAUCAUCCAAUAUUACACAGACAAAUGCCUGCUCGUAUGAGCCUAUUGCACUCAACUGUUUCUUGAACAAUGUGGUAAGCUUUUAUUCAUCUUGCAAGUGAACAUGAAUUUUUUCUUUGCUGAUUCUUGCAUAUUUAUAGCAUGGGAAUUCCAGGCCUUUAUAAGAUGGGAAGACCCUUGCUUAACAAUAUGCCAUUUGCAUGAUGGCAUCAUUUAACUACUACUACCAGAAUCCUUUGGGGUAUUCCUUUCUAAUGUGCAAAUUUGGGCCCUUGUUGUUUGAACCUCACUGGGAUUACCAAAUUUAAAUGUGAAAGAAAAAGAGAAUGAUUUCUGGUCUUAGUUGUAAGGAGUCAUCAUCGUGCAAAUGGCCAGCUAUUCGGGACUGAAUCUUACAUUUAUGUCCAAAACACUUGAAACCUUUGAGCAAAGUUCAUACAUGUAUAUGUUACAGGUCAAAUUUGAUUUCAGGUUAAAUUGUUUUAACCUAGGUUGAUUCUUGAAUUCCUUGGUCUCUUAGGGCCAGCUAGGAGACAAAGGAAUUGAGAAUCAACCUAGGUUAAAUCCAAUUUAACCUGAAAUCAAAUUUGACCUGUAACAUUAUAUAAUAAAGUACUGGUAAAAUCACUAACAAUGCAUCCUUCAAGUUAUAUUACAUUAGUUACAGUAUUUGUUGUAAAUCAGACUAUGAAAGGCAUAUCUUGUUGUUGGGGUUGUCAUUCAGAUUCAGGCACUAGAACGUAACCCUGGCCAAGAGGAGUCCAUCUUUGACGACCUGGUACAGUUUGCUUCCCAGCAAGGAAUUGUAAUGCCCUUUGGCCUUCCUCAGAAAGAUGGAGUCAGUGAACAAGAGGAGGUACCUUUAAACACCAUUGUAAUAGAAAAUGAACAAGCUACUGACAUCUUAUGGGAAGCUAUCAGGAGCAAACUGCGCAAAGGAUUUUGGGCUCUUCUGGCAAAUCUACCUCUGUUUGAUGAACACAGUGAGAUAUUUUGUGAUGAAAGGAAAAUAAACCUGUUACAAGACUUAUGUUUUCUUUAUCCUGCCAAUGAAAUUUGGAAGGGAUACAAGAAUUAUCGACGAAAGUUGAUGGACCAAUAUGUGAGAAAUGAAGCUUUGUUGCAAGACAUUGAAACAGAUCUGAUCCCACAUGAGGGUAACAUUCCUGGUAAUGUUGUAUCAUUUGUCAAGCUGUGUAAAGCUGCUGAAAUCAUGAUACACGAGGAUGCAGUAAUUUUGCAAGAGGGUAUUUUCCCUGACAAGGUGCCAAGCUUUGACUACAUUUAUGAUUCAUACUUAGUGAAGAUUACACAAGAGCUACAGUCUGUUUGCGAGUCUUGUAGUAGUAACAAGAAAAAUGAACAUGCAUCACUGAGUGAAGUGGAACGGCCAUCAGGUAGUAGAAGAGGCUCUAGUGUGUUGACUGUUAAACAGAGUGAUCCAAAAGAUAACCUUUUGGCUUACAAAUAUUUUUUUUGUGCCAUGGUUUCAUUGGAGCAACUGAUACAAAGGGUCACUACUCAGAGAUCAGAAAUGGAAGGGACAGGUACAUGUAAUUGGAGAGCUUAAGCGGGAUCAUUUUUGAGCGAUGUACGUCAAUGGGAAGUGGACGUUUUGCAUUCUUGGACAGCGAACUUGCCCAUAUUUUUGGGCAAAUCAUCUGCAUAUGAGUAAAGACUCUUACCAAGACAAAUCAAAGCAUAUUAAAGUGAAAAAGGGCACACUUCCGGUCGACAUGCGUCAAACAAAAAGACGUCUCUGCUUAAGCUCUCUAUUAGUACAUGAAAUACUGUUUUUAAUAAAAUUGACUGUAGUGAUGAUAAUGAUGAUGAUGAUAAUACUUAUAAUGAUACAGUGACUUUAAAUGCAAAAUCAAUGUACAUUGUAAAUGAAGAUAUAGGUGAAGCCCUCCAAAUUUUUGUUGAAUCCUGUUCGAACCCUGAAUUUUUUGGGGGGUGGGAGUAGUUGGAGCGGGGGGGGGGGGGGGGGGUUUUCGUGUUUUUUCACUAUUUUUUUUUGUUUUUUUUUUUAAAUUAAAAGAGGGAAAGGAUUUUUUUUGGUGGCCCCUUUUACUUUUUUUUUAUUGGGUUGUUCCUGGUUUAUAAAAGAUUUUUUUUGUGCUUUCCUUCUUUCAUCUGUUACUUUUUCCCCAGUUAUAUUUUUUUGUAGAGAUGGUGGAUAGAUAUAAUUUAGAUAAUAAUUAAUAUUGUAAUAGUAAAAUAAUAACAAUAAUAGGAAAAAAUUUGUUUGAAAAGUGUAGAGAUAGGGUGGGCGCCUCGGGUUUUUUUUGUGUGGUUUUGGGGGGUGGGUGGUGGGGGGGGGGGGGGGGGGGGGGGGGGGGGGGGGGGGGGGGGGCUGGCUUGUCAGUUUUUUCACUAUUUUAUUUUGCUUGUUUGUUUAAAUUAAUAGAGUGAAAGGAAUUUUUUUGGUUAGCCCUAUUCACUGAUUUUAAGUGGGCUGUCACUGAGUUAUGAAGCAUUUUACUGUAGCUUGCCAUCUUGCACUUGUUACUUUUCCUCAAGUGUCCAUGGUCAUUUCUUUGGCUACUCACUACCAUUACCUGUUAUAUUUCAUCAGGUCAUCUGUAACAGGUUGUAGGGUUUACGGGCCUUAGUGACAGACCAAGAUUUACAUUCAUGAGUUUAUAGCAUUAUGACUUCUUUUCUCUGCUGUAGUGACUAGAGUCGGAAAUCUACAGAAUGCAACCAAGUCCCCUUCCAGUCCAGUUUUGGGACACAGGAGCCCCAAUCGACAGAGCUCUAAAAAGGGCAAUCAUGCCGGCCUUUAUGUUGCAGAGGGAAAUCUACCUUUACCUUUUGGUAAGCUGAUAAAACAAUGCACGUUUGAAGUAAAUCUAUAUGCGUAGGGUUUCACUUGCUUUUCAUUAGCACUUGGUUGUGGUGGAGAAUAUAGUACCAUGGAAAUGUGAUGAAGGUGGCAGGAACUUGGAAGUUUAAGUUUUGUGAGCUUCACUUCCUCUUUUGAAGAGUUUUCAAAACAACAGCUUUUCAGAAGUACUUUCAUCCAUAUGACAUGAACUGUACAUCUAUAUGGGUAUAUUUUAAGCUGAAUGAGAAUUGAAACUUCCUAUUAUUUUAUUUGAUUGACAGGGCUGUAGAACCACCCCAUGAUCUUGGGCAAAAUGUUCCUUUCCACUUCUAAUACACCCAACUAAAAAAAAAACAAAAGAAAAGAAAAAACUAAUGCAUAGUUAUUUGCCUUUUAAAAAUGUACCUUGGGUUGAGAUAAUUAUUUCCCUUUGCAAAAUGGUGUUUAGAAGUCCAUUAAAAAAAACAAUUGAAUAACUGGUAACCAAGCAGCAUGCAAAAAAGUAGUGUACGAUAGCCCAGGGCUAGUGGAAUUUGCUAUCGGGCUACUGAAUUCUGUUAUUAACUUGCCCGACAGGCAAGUGAUCUUUUUUGAGGAAAUCAAAUAACAGAAGAACUGUGAAAUCAAUUCUGCUCUUCAAAAAGCUUUUGGGGCUAGUUGAGAUGACGUCUGGGCUAGUAAAUGUUGGCUUCAGCUUGCCUGAAUGGCAAGCUGUAAAAUGAUUUUCUUUGCACCCUGCCUAGAGACCCAAAAGUUUUGAAGUCUAGGGCCCGGUUCUUUAAAGGCCGAUUAGCGCUAAUCCAGGAUUAAAAUUUUGUUCCACUUUUUGUAUUUACCUUCCUAUGUUCUGCUUAGAGUAACAUUUUGUGUUAUCAUACCUAUAUCUUGUAGUAAAAGCUCAACAGUGUGUUGUAAGCUCGAGUUGCAUGUUCUUAGACAAGAAAACCUUGCUUAAAAUUUGGCUUAAAUGUAACCAUUUUUCUAGAAACCAGACCCAGUAGUUUUCAUUGUAGCCCUCAAAUAUUAGGACAGAAAAAAAUACUGGAAAAUAAAUAUAACAAAGUUAAGAAUCCCAACUGACUGGAGGCAAACUAGUGGGCUAUUUACAAGCGCAGGGGAGGAGUAGAACUCAGGACUAUCAAGAACAAAAUCCAGUUAGUGGUUAGGGUGGGAGUUGAACUUGGGGCCUCCAGACAAUUUGCAAUAGGCCUUAUCACGGUUUUCGAUGCCAUCUUGACGAGUAGGCAAGUAGGCGUAAAAUUACAGUGUUUGUAUGAGAAUCUGAUGUCGAAUAAUUUUUGUAAAACGUCCGUUUUGAAAAAACUAUGAAAUGUAAACUCAAGUUAUUAGACAAAAGAUUCUUUUCACAAAAUUCGAGGGCCUCGCCCGCCCUAGAAUCGCUUCUUUUAGUGACCUUUAAUUUCCAAUACAUUUGUCUGUAAAAAUGUUUUCCCGCCGACUAAAUUUCCUGGGAAAAAUUAUACACAAAUGUAUAGGAAAUCUAAAAAAGCUAUCGAGAACGUUUUAGCGCGAAUACAGCCCUCAAAGUUUGUCAGUAGAAUCCUCUACCUUGUAGCUUUAGUUUACAAUAUUUAAAUUUUUUCCAAACGGACGUUUUAUGAAGAUUAUUCGACAUCGGAUUCUCAUACAAACACUGUAAUUUUACGCCUGCUUGCCUACCUGUCAAGAUGGCGUCGAAAACCGUGAUAAGGCCUAUUUUUUCCAGUGGUCUAACCACUCAGCCAUGUUGCCUUCUGUGAGGAAUGGGUAAAGACUGACUUUCCUCUUAUUUAUCAUUUUUUAAAAUAUUCAUGAGUAACUCCAAGAUGGCUUGUGAAGAAGGGGGCUUUGAGACUGAAAGAUCAGGCAUUAAGAAAUUGAGACAUUCUAACCGCUGAAAUUUAAAAAAACAUCAGUGUAUACAGCUAAAUCAAAAAAGGUUGCUUUGGUAGUUGGUCAUUGGUAAUUGGACAUUGUGCAUUUGGGCAUAUCGAACAAUACCAUGAUUUACUUGAGUGAACACCUAAUUAUGAUAGCUUCCCAAUGCCCUAAGAAAUCUUUAUUGAAUCAGCUAUAUACAAUAGUCAUGUAAUUAUUUUUUGAGUGGUUUAUUGCAGCUUAAGCCCCUCAGAAUAAAGGGGUCUAUUAAAACAGUUUCAAUACUUGCGUGAUAUUACUCACUCUUUUUUGUUAAUUUCAGGUUCUGUUACUAGCAAAGUGGAUUCCCAAACCCAUAGCAUUAGUGGUAGUUUAUCCCAAAGCCAGUCAUCACAGUGGCCUUGGAGAGAUGAAUUCAAGAGUCACACUUCAAAGAUUUCAUUAUCUCUGAGUGAUAGUAUUAAGAAAAGUUGUGAAAAGGCUCUUGAUGAUGAGCUUCAGUCAUACCAAGUGUGGAAGAAGAUCCCUUCUGUUAAACUGAGAGGUUUGGAUGACAAUUGUAUAUACGCCACAUUGUAAAUGUCCUUGUUCACACCUGUGUUGAUUGUUUUUUUGUUUUUGAAAGCAUGACUGAUGAACCUAAGGGAUAAGGUUGAAAUUAUUUUUAAAAAGUCAGUAUGUAGAAUUCUUAACGUAUAUUAUUAAAAUUUUCUUUUAUGCUGCGAGAGACACUGUAGCUGCAGUUCUCCCCAUGCUAAUAGGAAAAGGAAAUUGAGAAUCAAACGAGACUGAAGCUGUUUUAACUUGAAUUUCAUUUUCACUAACCUCUUACAACUUGUCUUUAUUGAAUGAAUAAAGAUGUAACUCAAUUUUAAAUAUAUACAUGUACAGCUUAUUUUACCCUGCACACAGUUUCCAGGUUUUCAGUAUUAUUACUGAAGAAACAAACUGUAUUGUUCAAAUAUACUGAUAAAUGUACAAAUUUGUUGCUAUCUAUCCAGAUGACAUUGUUGGGGGUAAACAAGAUUAUCCCAGAAAAAUUGCAAAGGUAAAUGUGACACAGAAGUUCCUUUGAACAUGCCAACUUCAAACACAACAGCAUGGAAUGUUGUAUACAUGUGUACAUACUGUAAAUAACAUGGUUUAUACAACUGUAGUUCAUACAACAAGAAUUUUCUACACUAAUUGUGGGCAACAAGAGGAGCCGGCAAUCCUAAUCUCCAGGUUGUUAUUAUGCAUGCAUUGCAUGUAUGUAGCCAGGAUUCAUUUGGACAUCCACUUAGAAUGAAUGGAAUACACAUGAUGCAAUGCAAUCAUGCGCAUUUGUACCUUCUAUCACCUGUAAUCUGAUCACGUGUGUUUUGAUCAUCUGUCACAUGAAACUUAUCCAAAGCACAGCGCUGGAGCAAAAGCGAUUUAACCUUCGAUUGUUGUCGCUUGCACUCCGUAACCUUUGGCUAUAUUUACUAGUCUGUACAAAUUGUGAACACUAGUGAUGUCCAGUGUGGUUAUAAGCUCUACAUGUACAGUGUGGUGUGUCAAAGCUUAAAAGCACAAACAAUAAUAUGUUAUUUUAAUCUCUAUAUUGUAUCAGCUCUUUUUUUGUUUUACAGAGUUGUGCUGUGAUCAUGGAAAAUGCAGAUGAAGUUCUUCCACUUGCAAGCAAUCAUGGUGGCAAACUCUUCCAUGUUGUUAGGUCAUCAUUUGUGGACUCAUUAGAAGCCUGUCUCAAGUCUUAUCAUUCCAGAUUAAUACAGGUACGAGUAAUCAGAAAUUUGCUACUGUGUUUAAAUUAGUAAAACUAGAAACUGAUAUUAGUAAAACUAGCCACCCCUCCCCUCCAGGCAACCCACCCCCCUCACACCCCAAACAAAGUUGAAGUUUUAGAUGAGUGCUUUUUGUCCACAACAUUGCUGGGGGGUGGGGGCGGGGGGAGAGUGGGGGGAUAAACCUAAAACUGAUAAAAAAAUUGUCAUUAGGAGCAGAGUCCUAUGUAACAAUUACUUGGAAGGGUUUUUUCACACAGUCCCAAGUUCUUUUGUCCACCAUUGUAAACAAAAUUGUAAGCCAAUACAGGGGCACACACCUACAUAGCUCAUAAAUGCAAAUGGCUACAUAUGUUGAAAGACUAUGGGGAAUAAGGAAACCUUUUUGUGAACAUUUUGUUGAAGUAAUACAGCAUGUACCACAGGUCCUGCCAUUAAACCAUCCCGUUUCCCUUGUACCAGUGCCUUAACUGUAAAUGAAUUUAAUCAUUUUGUGUUGUAGCUGCUGUCAGACUUCCCCCAUCUUUGCAGUGUAGACUGUCUGUACAUUAUUCUCAGCAGUGCUGUGUUCAUAAGAAAUCACUUGGUUUAUUAUGAAGAUAUACUGGGCUCUGAACCAAGGUAACAAAUUACCUUUCUAUAUAAGGGCUCAAAAAAACUUGAAUUUCAGCAUGUCCUUUGGGCAAGCAGCUCUAACGUUUUGCUUGUAAUUGCCCGAAGCAACUACUUGUUUGUCUUAGUUAAUGCUUGAAUGGAAUUUAGUUGAAGAAUGACUUUCCUGGACCCUUGCACUUUGGAAGUGAGAUGUAAAAGUUACUUACCCAGCAAGAAAAUCUACUCGACUCGACUCAGACGAACAGACAAACUUUAUUCAAGCCAUUGCAAGCAUACAUGACAAUGAACAGUCAGAACCAGAUCCACAGAACAGAACUUGAAGAAAACCUAAAUUCCAGCAUGUCCUUCGGGGUACUUGCAUGCUUGCCUCCCUUUAUUAUUUAGUUGGACGAAAACUUUCUUAGGCCCUUGCACAUCGAGCAAGUGAGUGUGAAAAGUUACUGUCAAGUGGACAAAUCUUCUUUUCCUGGACGACCACAUGGAGUUUUCUAGAGCCCUGUAAAGAGGAUUAAUUCCUAUAUAUUAUACAAAUACACUAAUCUGUAUUGUACUUACUGUGUAGGUUAUUUUUAUUGCAUAUUUUUUGAUAGUUGACAAUGUCGUAAAUGAGUGGAAACUUUCCAUAAAUUCAUACAUUCAUUGCAACAAUCUUAUCAUUUUUUUAAAAGUAUAUGAAUUUUGUACAUAAUCAAUUUUUAUCCAAAAGUAGAUACAUAAAAUGGAUGAACAUUUUCAAGAUACACUUGUAGCCCUGUAGUGUACAGCAGAAAACUUAACUGUGAUAUGGUUGUCCAUCAAGGUGACUUUUCUCUUUGAUUUGCAGACGUCCCUUUCCUGUGUUACAUCGUCAGUUCAGUGAACUUGUUGAUAGCGUUAGUGAUCAAAUCAUCAGUUACCAUGAGACAAUCAUUUUAACAGUAAUACUACAGGAUACCCACAGUCACAAUUGGACAGGCCAUAGGCCUUUCUUUGAGGUAACAUGGUUACCCCUUUCUUUCAUGUUACUACUGUUCACUGCAUUCCUGGUAUGAAAAAUGUUUUUAAAAAAUGUCUGGGUCUUGAAAAAAGGGAUUUCCAUUUCUUUCAGAGUUGAGUUAAGUGGUUUAAAUCUUGGCCAUCAAAUUGUUUCGCGAUCAAGACUCAAGACUCCUUUACAAUUUUUUCUAGUAUUAAGAGGUCACCCUUGAUUAAAUAGUUACUAGCCAUGUCUCGCCUGUGUAGCCAGCGCAAUCAUUCUCGCAAGGAAAGUUUUGGCAGGGGAGCUGUGAAGCUGUGCACAGAAUGGGAAGGGGACGCUUUUGGAAUUUUCUCAUGCCUUCGGCGCUCGCUUCUCGCAUGUAUUGUAGUAAGAGGUUAGUUGGUAAUUUUCCAAGUGUAACCUUUAAGUACAUGUUUGACUGCGUAUGGGUGCCAGCAAGAAACUGUUGGGCGUAACCCUGUGAUGAACUGAUCUGCAGAGAGGAGUAAACUCUUACAACCCUGGAACACUUCAAAGGACCUUCCUCUCUUCCCCUUAAAAGAAUUGAAAACGGUUUGUCUUUGGACUUUUUGUUUUUGUUGGAUUUUCACGUUUCUGUAAGGGAAGACGGGGUGUGAUCAAAGUGUCAACCUUCCCGAUGGUUAGUAAGCAGGAUUGUUUGUAGGUGCAUCAAGUCACUGAAACAUGGUUUAUGUUCAGCUGUGGCUGGCCUUCUUAUUAGAUAUGUGUGCCUUUACUCUUGACAUUACUCACAUUCUUUACGUGGACAGGAUGAAAGAUGCUCAUUUUCUGUGCAGAUGUGGAACUUUCACCUUCAAGGUUUACGCCAUGAUUUAUGGACCUAUUGUCCACCUGAGAAAGCUCAGGAAAUAUUUACUUCUGUCCUUCACAGUUCUUUGGUUACCUUGGUAACAAGAUAUAGCAGAGUAACUCCUUCAGUAAGAAGAGUCAAGCAGUUCAGGUAUAACAAGUCCUCUAUGUAAUUACAAUGAAAUUUCCGCUCGCCAUAAAGCCUCUUGUAGUUAUGGGGUUAGAGCAUCCGAACUUAAACUUGGAGGGGCGAGAGUUCGAUUCUCACCUGAAGCUCGAAUUUUUUUUUGGAGCUUUCUGGUGCUGGAUUUCUCCCUUUUCCAAAUUGUGUAAUUAUUGUUUAUUUCACCAUUUAGUCACUUGAGAUGUAGAUGGUGGUAUUUCAAGAAUUUUUUAAGAAUUGCUACCAGACUUGUGAAGAAAGCAUUGUUAUUAACUUCUUUAUCACCACUAAAAAUUUUGUUUCGUUUUUUUAGGUCAGAUAUCACAACCAUCCUGUUGUCUACUCUGUCAUUCUUGUGGUUUUGCUGUAAAUCUGUGUCAUUCUUGCUAGAUCCUCAGAGUUCAGCGGCUCCUUUUCCAGCCAUUCACAGACUCUGCUCCUGUUUAUUGACUACACUGGUAAAAUAUCAAGAUCGUAUUUUCAAGGCUGAUGGUUUUAUGAUAUUAAAAUAAGCUUUUCCAUUGGUAUUAACCUCUCUUAAGCGACCACUUCACGGACAUCUCUACGUUCACUGUAUGUUCUAUGCUAGUCAGAGUAUACAAAGACCUUUUAGUGACAACUUGGUACUACACAAAUGUUAACGUAGAAAUUGUAUGCAAUAGUUACACCUAAUUACAAUAACGUUGUCAUAGAAAAAAGCAAAAAGCAAAAAGCCAAAUAGGAAUUAAUUAGCCAUGUGAUUUACAUUUGCGUAUUUUAAUAAUUUAACAAUUAUUUAAGAAGUCAUUCACAAUAACAAGAAAUAAUUCUGUAAUUCCGCGCUGUAAUAUUCCGCACAUGAAACACUGAUGUGUGUAACAAAAGGGUCCUGACAAACGAAGCUUGGUUUGUGGCGCGGGAGAGGAACUGGCGGAGGAACGCCUCACCCUCUCCGCGAUGGAAAGUCCUGCCUACAUCGCUGAUUUGUUGCUUGAAAAUUGUGAUCUGAUGGUGUUGUGCACUACAAACCAUACGCAGACUGGCUUUUCUAUUUAGCAUUAAACGAAAAGACGCGUCGCGUUCCUGGAAUUUACCCCAGGCUAUAUUUAUUGAAAAAAAAUGGAGCCAUUUUUUCUUUAGAAGUUAUCCGAUGUACGUUUGUAAUUAGAGCACGUUUGAAAUCUGCUAGAUGAAUCAGCCUCGAAUUGCAUUAGAAUGACACCAAGAAACUGAUGCAAAUGAUUUGGCUUUCAUAUUACGUGAUUAAUAUUCAGCUAUAAGCGUGUGUGUUGUGAAUGUUGCAAGCAAUGAUAAUUUAAAGCUAAUUAAUUCCUAUUUGGCUUUUUGCUUUUUUCUAUGACAACCUUAUUGCAAUUAGGUGUAUCUUUCAUAAAGUGGGUGUAUGCGGACCUCUUUUUGGGAGAGACCCCGUGACUUUAAAUUGUUUUGUUUAUAGAAGCUGCUUUCUGUACUUUUAUCGAUUGCAAAUUUGGUACAAUUACGUUACGUGUUGAAAUUCAUCGGAAUUCUGUGUAAAAGCCUGUGUUCUAGUUUUCUGUUACUGUUUUUCUCUUUUUUAAACCUAGAUUAAUUAAACAUGGUAAGUUGGUGUGAAUGUGGCAUAAAUGAUGUUUCUAAGUUUUCAUUCACACCUUGUUAUCUAAACCAUCUCGCGUUGUUAUUUUUUAAGAAAGAAUUUCACAACCGCUAUUUAUCUGUUUGUUGUCCGCAGACUGUAGUCAGCUGUCCCCUGGAGACUUUGUGUUCUCAUGUCAUAGCUGAACAACCAUCCAAUCAGGAGCUAACAAACUCUGCAGCUACUUGGUUGUCAUGGUUGCAUCCUGAAGUCUUUAAAACCCACGAGGGGCGGUGAGAAUUUCUAUUUAACAUUCACAGUGUUUUUUUUUUUCAACAAUACCAAAACUGUAAAUCUAGAAAAGAAAUAAUAAAUUAAUUAAACAACAACAACAAAAGCAGACUAACGUGUGAUAAACUAGUAGGAAUCACAGAUUAAUAACGUGCGGUGGAGAUUCCAAUUCAUGGUGAUACCACAUGGUUUUGUUGCAACGGAGAACGUGUUGCCGUCAUUUUUCCCGAAAAGGUAGCAGUCUGUCAGCCGCAGUAAAGAGGACACAUCGACGACACCAUGGCAUUUCGCCCAAGGGAUCAGAAGUUUGAGCAACACGGUUUUUUUUUGUUUCUGAUCCAUUGUAGAAGUGGUACUGGGCAAAAGACCCAAAUAACUUUUGAUAAUGAUGUCAUUAAGUCAGUCAGAAAGCCAGGUAGAAAAAGAGAAAUAUUUUGAAUGGACAAUAAUUUGCAUUACUCCUCUUUGUACAUGUAGUUUACAGACAGAGAAUCAUUGAAACACUGUAUGCUUGUUUUCUCUCCGCCUAGGCUGGCUGCACUUCCUGAUAGACAAGCGACUUUUGUGCUGUAUAAACUAGCCGUAAAUCAACCUUCUCCUCAGUGGUCACUCUUCUUACGAGUAAGAUAUUCCACACUAACAGUAAAUAUUCUGCGUUACACUGUGAAUAUACGUAACGCCACUUUUGGAGACUUCCUCUGUGUUAUCACUGCGGAGCAAGUAGUUACAGAAAAAACCCUAUUUGCGAUGGACCCUCUGUUGCGAUUUAUGGUCCUGAGGGUUUUAAAUGUAGUGGGAGCUUUAUCAAACUAUAAACGUUUCAUAAUUAAUCAAUAACUGUGACUGAUGAUGUAGUAAUGAUUAUUUUAAAAAUUUGUUGUCUUUAACUUAGGCUCUCCUAAGCAGAAAUGCAAGGCUUCCUGUUACAAUUGUCAAAUAUGGAGGUAUGGUUGUGCAGUUAGUUUUAGGCUGUAUUAUUAAUGGUCCCAUUCAUAUUCAACCUGUUAUCAGUAAGUGCAGGUGAAUGAGGUUGAUGAGUUAUUCGUAAACAGUACACCUCUAGGGCCAUUUAAUGUCAGGCUGGCAAUCGCGUCAAUUUAGUUUCUUAAAUUGCCCGUUACGAGAAAGAUUUCUGGAUUAUAAAGUUAACCCAUUUACCUGUGGGAAUUUGAAGCUAGUCGAGCGGUUUUCUAGUCACUGUUAUGAAGAGCUAAAACUUACCACAAAGCCGUUUACAUGUCCUACACUUCGCGGCCUUCUGAUCCAGAUAAAAAGUAUUAGCUUGCGUAGUUCGGGAAUGCGCAGAAAGCAAAAUUUCGAGAUUUUGUGUUUAAGAGUGGCACGGCAAUCUUGACUUUUUCUUCUCACUUCGUCUUUCGCUUUUCUUGCCUUAUUUUAUUUUUCUCUUUGCUGGGCAUUUAGUAGGCUUUAUCUUGGUGGGAAAUGUUUUUGAGAAAGCUUUUAGGAUCUUAGUGGAACAAGAUGUUCCUGGAAAUUUUCGGGACAAUGUGACAUGGUUUUUUACCUUUUUUAUCCGGCCUCCUUGACCGAAUCAUGCCCAUUCUGGUAUGGUUUGAAAGAUCUCCUCACCCUGCGCAAGGUAGCAGGCAAAGUUGUCCUUGACCGUUAAAACUGGUGACGUCACAAGCGGUAGAAGGGACAUGGAUCCGCAGGGGCGGUUACGGGCGGCUCAGGGGCAAAGGGGUUAAGGUUUUGUCAUGUGUAAAUUGAACCUCUCUGACCCGCGCUUUUCACCAACAUAUCACUAACAUAUCCGCGCUAUACACACAACACACACAAGAAAAAUUAACUCAAACUUACAUGCACUUCCCAUACCAUCAGUCAAGCUGGACUUGGAUGUAUAAUAUUUACAUGAUAGUCUGCCAUGCGACACUGCCUUGUAAGCUAGAGUUAGUUCAGUACUGAAAAGAUUCGCUUCUUGUAAGGGAAUCCAAGACAGUUUUGGAUUCUGGAUUCCACGCCAUGGAUUCCAGUCUUUGUCAGUGGUGAAACCUGGAUUCCGGAUGCUAAUCUUUAGUGGGACUCCAGAUUCUUUAAGAUGUAUACCGGAUUCCACGAGGAAAGUUUCCCGGAGUCCGGAAUCCGGACUCCCUUACACUGGGCGAAAACACUAUACUAAUGCAUUUUAGUAAAAUCCAACUAGUGGUCUAUUAUCAAUGCUGCGUUCUGAUUGGUUGAGCUACUACUAGGCUAUAUGUUAUAGCCCACUAGUAGCGAAAAGCGCCGGCUUUGAAAACCAAAACAAUGGCAGCUGAAUCGCGUUUUGCUAGUUAAAGUUGUUUUGUCCUGAUAUUUUUGACCAACUAGUUGGAUUUUACUAAGACAAUUAUUCCUCUCGCCCUCAUGGCCUCUGAGUCAAUAGCCCAUUCGGUCUUCGGCCUCAUGGGCUAUUGACUCCGAGCCCAAUCGGGUUCGAGGAACAAUUGUUAAAUAUGGAGAACAUUCAUAGAGACUCGCAUCACUGUUAACUACUGAGCCAGUACAUGUACUUACGCUUUUCAGACCUCGGCAGCCUUAAAACACCAGUAAAUUCAUCAAAAACGGUUGAACCUGUGCCAUCGUCAUGGUUCGAUGAGAGGGUAACAUCAUCAGAGGAAACUGCCAAGAAGUUUAACAAGGGUUUGGUGUGCUCCAUCUAUCACAUUCUCUUCCACUCUUCAAAUGAUUUCCCAGGACUUGUUAAUUAUCUCAUGGCCAUAGUCAGCAGGUAUUGAUACGUGGCAAAUGCCGCAUAAGAAGUAAAGACAGUUGCUUUUGGUCCUCAUAUGCAUAAAAAUCAAUUAUCGACUUACCCAGAAUGGAAUGGAAAACGUCCAGACUUCUGAUUGGUCCGUUAACAGCAAUCUUUGGUUGGGUUCUAUACCAAUGCGCUCUACUUCUGACGUACCAUUUGUAAUAGUGUACUGUGCGACUUAACAAAUGAACAACAAACAACUCGCAAUUUCUCGGCCGUCACUCUGUAUUAAAAGCAGUAGUGUCGAAGCGUUUGACCAUUUUGCCUUAUUAAUCAGUUCGGUUGACAUCACCAGUAUUUUGUAUCAGUACCUCUCGGCGAUUACUGCUCACUUUUAUAGUAGUUUUGUUUCGCUCUGCUCCGCCUAAUUCGUACGAUGUUUUUCUCUUUAAGGGAGGAUAGCUGGAAGCUGUUUGACUCUACCUCUUCAGGUUUAAAGAUUUCAGACGCUAAAGAGGUACUUUCACGUGUAAAAGAUCAUACUUAAGUUUACUUAAACUCAACACACGAAUUGAUCUGAAUUCUUAUCUCUGAAUAUGGUUGCAAAGUCCAAAUGAAACAAUUUUGAAAAGGUGCCAUUGAAAAAACCUUCAGGAGACAAAAACGUUAAUAAAACGUGGGGUAUCUGCCAUUUACAUGGGAAAAACGGAAAUUCCGGGUGGAAAAACAAAUAUUUCGUGCCAUUCCGUUUGAGAAGCUUCAGAAAAUAUGCACUGUGAUUUGAGGCGAUGUAAUUUUAAUCUUUUCAGCUGGUUUGGAUAUAAUGUGUAGCGGUUCGUUCUCCCACCACUUCAAAUUCUAUCGCUUUUUGUUUAAGAUUUCCACCCCGGAGGUUUGUUUAAAUGGUAAGCACCCAUGGUUAAAAAGGUUAGAGAGCUAACGAAAUGAAAAACCCCAGGAAGACGAUCUUAUGCCGUGUGAAUGAUGUGGUCGUGUGGAAAAUGACAAGAAUAUGACUUCAAUGCCGCACCUCAAACCUGAUGUUGAGAAGACUAAACUAACGUAAUAAACGGAAAGAAAAACGCGAAGAACGUGCUGGGUGUCAAAAUCCCCGGUAGAUUGCGAUAGCAGUUAAAGAACGGCAAGGUUUUUCGUGCCUCUUUGCUCCAUUUGCUUGAUUCCUUCCUUUAAAAUAAUUCUUUUAUUUUCUGUGUAGCAUUUUUAAGGUGCAGUUUCAUUUUCCCGUCACUGUUAGCAAUAGGGAAAACCUACUCACCAAAAUUGAAUUAGACUUAGGCUACUCGCAAUUGGCCGCAGUUUUUUUCGUUACGGGGCACUGGGUCGUAGUUGAAUGGUUUCAGUUCUUUAGGGAGACAAUUGGUUUUGAUUGGUCUUCUGGGAAAGCGCUCGUUCACACUUUAGCAGGAGCCAUUAUUAAAUCAUGAAGGUUGUUAUUUUAUUUCUGAAUCAACCUAGUUUUGGGUUUGGAGCUGAUUAUUUUUGCUCUCUUGUGUUUCGCUAGAGUCCAGUGUGGCUGGAUUGUGUCUACAGGACGUUUGACCCGUACAUUGUCAGGUUCGUUUUUGCAUCUAUUAUUGUACUACAGAAUGUGAUCAACUCCAAUCAGUUUUAAUUUUCGAGGAAGAGAUCUCACUAAAGCGAACUUCACGCCAUUGGUUCUUACCAUCGAGUCUACGUAAAUACAUUUAAUGUCCUUGCUUCUUCUAUUAUCUUGGAGAAAAGGCUUUAAAAUGAUAGUGCACUAAGUUUCGAGAAUUGCACUGUAAAUUGAGAAGCCUCAGAAAACAGCCGACAUUUCGCGGCGGUAUCACUGGUUUCCCCGCGAAAUGACGUUGAGGAAGGAGCGCGGUAAUUCCAUACUGAUGACGUAUCACUUCCCAGAUCUGGGUAGUGCUUCUGAUUGGUAGAGCCGCGUAGGAAAUUUGCUUCAACCAAUGAGAGGCAUUACCCAGAUCUGGGUAGUAACACGUCAUCAGUAUGGAAUUUCUUUGCUCGUUCAUCAGGCGUCAUUUCGCGGGGAAACCAAUGUUGGUGUUGUGAAAUGUCGGCUAUUUUCUGAAGCUAUAGAUUGAACUAACCGCUUAAUUGUUAGCUCAGUUUGCCGGGUACCUGACGUCGGGGCGGCAGCUGCGGAUUCUAUUCCUUGCCUAACGACCACGCAGGAUCUUAAAAUACUUGAGCAGAGGGUGCUGCGUUUUUGUCACAUCUGCAAGAAGUUAGAUCUUUGAGUGUUCUCGGUUUAAGACGAAAACAAAUAAGACAAAAUAAAUAAAUAACGAUUUGCAGAUAGUACAUCCACAUAGUGGUUCUUCAUCUACCUGAUACCUGGUCGAAUUGGCAUUUGGAAAUGUUGGUUUUUGAGGAGAGGGGAAAACCGGAGUACCCGGAGAAAAAUCUCUCGAAGCAAGGUGGAGAACCAACAACAAACUCAACCCACAUAUGGCGUCGACGCCGGGAUUUGAACCCGGGCCACAUUGGUGAGAGGCGAGCGCUCUCACCACUGCGCUACCCUUGCUCCCCAGGAAAAAACCGUGGACCCUGUCUUACAGUACUCUUACGUCCUCUUGAUCUGGCCCUGUGGGCGUAAAAAAAUGGAACACUAGGGACUUAACAAAUCUCUGUUUAUGACCGCCCUGUUUUGCUGUCCUUGAUCUUGGGUGGGCAAGCUGUAGGAAGAGGCCAUACUAUAAGGAUUACCUCUUGAUCCUUCUUCAAUCUAGAGUAUGUACGUUAAUGAGCGGUACUAAAGUUCUUGGUCACACUUAAUUCAAUUGUCCAGGUUUUUGCAGCCGUCGUUGCUGUUACUAUGUGAACAGGACAAGAAGGUUACAAAAACGUACAACUUCACCUCCAUGAGUGCGCUACCAUGUAGCUGUCCACGCAAGAAGUCACCGAAGACUAGGGAUAACAAAAGUACGUUGUGACUAGCCUAGUCCCUAGAAAUUAUCUCUUUUCCCUUUGUCCUGGCCAAGUCUGAGAAAGGGCGGGCAAGUCUCUCCCGGUGACGCCUAGGGACUGGGCUAAGUUGUUUUCUUGCGGAGUUGUUUUUUCAUAUUAUGUGGUGUGUGAUAUUGACUAUUUUGACGUUGCACUUGAGAAUGUGCCGGUUUUGGGUGGAGGGCGGGGGGGGGGGGGGGUGAUGUUGGGAGGGGGGCGGCGCUGCGUCCGGUGGUGACUGUGGGGGUAUGUUGUAUUUGUUUUGUGUGUGUUUUUUUUUUUUCUUAUUUUGGUUGUUACGAUUUUGAUUGUUGACCGGGCGACGGGGCGGGGGUGGGUUUGGGGGGGGGGGGGGGGGGGGGGGAGGGACGAGUUUUGACGUAGUUUUCUUCCCAUCUUCGUACUAGUUAGUGAAUUAAAACAAGCGAUAUCGUCCUCAAAACAAUCCUAUAGCGAAAUUUGACACAACACCUAUCGAGACCGCACGGUGUAGACAAGGAUCUCAAGAGUCAAGACACUAAGGACGGCGAUAAGCCUGUUGAUAAUUUAGUGGCUGCGUUGUUAUUAUGGAUAAAUAACACAAUUUUCCGCCACCCCCAUGCAAUCAAUGUCACGUUUUUUUAUCUUUCCUCUUUGUUUUUUCGACUUUUUUUCUUUUCAAAUGUUCUUUCCUAUCCCCAAGGAAGACCUAAACAGUCAAUUUACGUCAAUUAAACUCCCUGUAGACUACCUGACAAUUGGUUGUGCACAUUUUUAACUUUGCGCCAGAUGUAAGAGUUACAUUUAACCUCAAUGGACGCAUACUUAAUUCUAGAUCACACUGAGGUCCUGUACAAUGCUCUUCAAGAUCUGUUAAAUCAGAUGACUCAGCACUUUUGCGCAAUUCCGAAGAUAAUGAGUCAAUUCUUGAACAAGUUGCAAGGUGUGUAUUUUAUAUAAAUCUUCUCUGGUUGCUCUAUUUACCCAGGCCACACAGUCUGUGUAAGGUAGUUCAUUCAAUUUUCGUAUGAUUUGCUUUGAAAGUUUUUCCUCCGCCUUGUGAGUUAGAGUAAACUAUUUGACGACACCAUUCUCGCUGCAUAAUUUUUAACAUCAAGUAAUCGCAGGGAUUUUAAAAACCCAUGCGAAUUCCCUCGGGUUCGCGAAUGCUUAUUGCUCUUGUAAUGCUUUGCGCCCCUCGACUUGAAAUUUGACCGUGCCGCCUAAAACAUGAUCAUUUCAAUGAUUGUGAUCCGGGACCACAGUCAAUUUUCGCGACCCACCCUCCCUCCCCUGGUGGAGGUUGACGGUUUAUUACCUCAGCAGUCGUGGACUUUCCCGUAACUUAAUAUUAUGUGGUGAGAUAACGAGUAUGCAAUGAAGAUAUGCUACCAUUUUUGCGUUUGUUGUGGGAGGCAGGACCACCUUCUCUGCGUGGUCGUCCGAGCCUUGCGAGUUUUCGUAGGGAAAAGACCGUGAGUUCAUGUCUUCGUUACUUUAAGACACUUAUAUUUGAACCGCGACCUCCCGCUCUGCAAGCCAUCUUUCUACCGACUGAGCUAGGGUUGCAACCCUUCCGUAGUUGAAGAGGCUUUUAUUGCAGACAGUAUUUAAUUUGGUCUUUCAUGAAUGUCUGAAUUUUGAUUCCCAAUAUUUUCAGAGUCUGUACAUCAAAAGUCAGUAGAUUUAUCAAGCGAAACAGUUGGAGUGAAGGUGAACACUUGUUAUUCAUGUUUUCUGAAAAUUAAUGUAACUAACUACAUGAAGAACUUCGUGUCUUAUUUUUUUUUUAGUUUCAUGAUCAUCCUAAAAUGUUACGUUCUGAGUAAAAAUUAAGUGUCACUUCUUUGAAAGCAUCAGUACAUUCUCUCAAACAGUACUCGAGGAUUUCGCUAUCGCAGCACGCUAACUCUCUUUGCCCGACGUCCUCGGAACAAUCUCUGUCUGUAGUUCCUUAUAGUAUAGGUAAUAGCCCUUCGUAAAAGAGUUUACUUAGACAAAACAAUUCAAACCAAGAGCAUUUUCAUCAAUAGCGUUAACGUGAAAAGCCUCAACUUAUUUGUGCAACUCACUCAAUAUCAGACAACCACUCAUGCAUGAUCUAGAGUAACCCGAGAACUGGCUUUUUUGGAGAGUAUAGGACUAAAACUACAGUAAAACGGGCAACAAAAAACGUGCAACUUGUUUUGCAACAUUGCUACAAAACGAGUCGACAAGCGAUGUUGUGCGUUUUGUGUUUGCUUUAUUGAGGACCGGGUUCACUUUAACUGCAGAUAGAUAAACAGCUUCUGGUAUGUUAUGUAGGCUAUUUUUUGGAAAUCCAUAAUACCCAUUUAGCGGGUUUCAAAUAGUGUCAUUUAGCUGAAUGUUUUACCCCUGUAUUGUCAUCAUCAUAUUUCUGAAACAAUCUGGGACUUGUUUUUUUGAUAGGUUCUUGCCAGCUUGUUGUAUCGCUGGCUCAGCGAUUUAGACAGAGUAGUGUCUGUUUGUGACGCACAGCUAAGCGCGGAGACUCAGAGAUGCAUGGCUAUGUUUGCUGAAAUAGUCUGGCAUGUUCUUGUUAACCUCGGUAGAACUGAAGGUUGGUGUUACUGUGUCGCAGCACUAAAGUGUUUAGUUGUGCCUAAUCUCGACCCAGAUCUCUUGUCGGCUUCGUCAGCGAGAGAUCUGGGUACGAGAUUUUAGUUGUGCCAAUAACUUGCUACGACACUCAACUUUUGUCGCGGACAAAUUACUUCUAAAUUACAAAUUUGCAGCUUAGUGAGAAAAAGUAUGUCCCCGAACGUUCUUUUCCAAGUUACAAACAACAGAGUUAAGCUUUGAAAAACUGUUUUGCUGUAUGAUCAGCUUUCAAAAUCCCAAUAGCAGUCUACCCGUUUUAAUUUUCUUCAGUUAUGUUCAUCCACGCAUUGUUUUCUAUUUUUUGUGUUUUUCAAAUUUUUAUUCUUCACUGUUUUAAGCAGUAAUUCCCCCUAAAUUUGUUUGACAUCGCUUCUUAAAGGACUUUGAAACAGUGUUUGGAACAUUAAGUUGUUUUAAGCGAUAGUAAGAGAGUGUAAUGGAACAGAGGGGAGGCGCCCAGUUUAGCCCUUAGGAUAUGUGAAUAUCGCCAAAGUUAUUUUUAGACCAAUUGCUGAUUUGCAGGUGACGUCAUGGCGGCCAUGUUGGUAUUCAAGAACAAAAGCAUUUUUCUCCUCUGGGAACUAAACUCUAUUUUCAUGUGAAUUCUUCAAGAAAACUGAAUUCUAUUGUAUCGACCCCCAACAUGGCCGGUUUGUCACGUGGUUGCAAACCAAGAAUUAAUCGGAAGUUGGUUUCUGGAGAGGUCUGCAAACUUUUGUUCAGUGUUGUCAGGAGAGAACUCAACUGUCGCUAUUACAAUAUGCUUUAUUGUUUGCUUUGACCGUUAGAGGCAGUCGCGCGUGGACUUGAUGACGUCUCAAACAAUCGAUUAAAAUGUGCGUACGUCUCAGGAAUCAGACUUCCGUUUAAUAAGAACCUCUAAAAAUAACUUAAGUGAAAUUCACAUAUCAAGUGUCUUAUUAUUUUUUCUUGGCAAUAGACUAUACUUAUGUUGUGACCUGCGUGUACUUGUAUAAACUCCUCAGGUGGUGUGAGGAAUCCUGAUUUGCCGUCAGACAUGGAUGCUCUUUUGAUUUCCAAGAGAGACUGGUUGAAUCAGAAGGUCGGCCAAAUCAAGACGCAAAUUGCAAGCCAGUAAGUCUUUUUUAUACCAUUGGCUAUCAAUGCAGGAGUUCCUCGCCUUUAGGGAGAGUUGGCUAUUGCCGCUCAGAUCAACUAUGCAUUUGCUUUGGUCACGGUUUAGCAGCGGUGGUUGAGAGAGGAUUGGGACGGGGAAACGUUAGGAGAAGUAGAUGUUUGGCCUUCAUUGUGACUGAAGCAUGCGUCUUCUUUGUGCCAUGCUUUGUUCGAAAUCGCCAAUUAUUGUUAUUUUGACCAAUUUCACUGUUACGGUUAUUUUUAAGAUUACUCAUUGGAGAGCCAUGAGACAAACGGUACCUCUAUUUUUAAAGUUGCUGUUAAUUUUUUGAGCAGCUGAGUUCUCCAAAGUUAUAAAAGUUUCCAGGGGGUACCCUUAUGAUAGUCGUGUUUGUGUCUCCGCAGAGCGUUUGAAGAAUAUCAAGUGGAAACAGUGUAUGAAUCAGUAGCUGAUCUUCACUUCACUCACAUGGUAGAUGCUCUGAUGAAAGACAAAAAAGGUGAUUUUUUGCUAUCGUAGCGUGCGUGCGCGUUUUUCGUAUCACUUUUUCCUGCACGACUUCACUGCACUACUAUCUUGGAUUUCCUUCAUUCUCAUGACCUUAGUGUUAUGUUUGAAUAAGCAGUGACAUUAGGUGAAAUGAGCCUCCUAACAAUCUAUAUACUUCUUUUUUAUCGUUACAGGUUCAGCAUCUUUACGGCAUGCUUACAACUUUAUUCAGGCAAACAAGGUACCAUUUAUCACUGAACGGCAGUGAUCGAGCAAUUAUAUUUAGCUAGAAAAGUAACGGUAAACCUUGGUCCAGCUGAACUCGUGAAAGAAUCACAGUGUGUUUUUAUUCACUAACAUUAAUGGAGGACACUGUUACAACGUACUCUGUAAUUAUAUGCACGGCACAAAAAUAGCAGUUGUCAGAAAAAAAGGCUGUACCGUAGUGUUGAUGAAAAAAACUGAAAUGAGAAAUUUUCGGCUCGGUAGCACUUAGAAAGACGCGUAUCACAUGUAGACUAAGUAAAUGGCCUUGUUCUCGAAGGCAAAUACAAAAUAAGAUCGACCUCACCAAAGGGAGGUUUAGUGAGCCCGCGAGACUGAGCAACCCCUACAAAUCCUUUUUUUCAGUAAGACCGCUGGACACAAAACCUCCCUUGGGUCGAAGUUAUAUUGUCACAACCGUUCUCCAAGCGUUUUCCAGUGACUCAGUGGAUAGGACAUCCGCCUGGUGUUGGGUGGUCGUAGGGUCUAAUCCUGUCGGGUUUCAUGAUUUUUCCUUUGUCCUGCGCUUUUGACUUGGAGAUUAUUAGAUCUCUUUAACUCACUACUGAGCUAGAAAAAACUCUAAUCUUUGUUAUUAACUAGUUUGGUUAUAAUCUUGCAUUUUUUGUAAUGCGUGUGGUUUUACGUUUACACAGGAUUGGCUUUUGAAUCUCGUUCUAGUUCCGGGCCACAUUCUUCCUCCUGAACCAUCACGUUCACGUCAAGGCAGCAAGCAAAGCUCUGGUUUUAACCCACUCAAACAGUUUGCUAUGAUUGGCGAGUACGCUUUUAACCAGGAAAAGAUUGCGUCUUUCCCGUUUGACUGGAAUAAGCUGUUGCAGAGUGGCCUAUGUUCAUCAACGGAAACGGUCAAGCGACUGGUGUUUAACAGAAGCGAACUUCAGGAAGGGGCGUGUUUAGAGGACAGCGAGAGAGAGCUUGUGAAUGCUCUUAAAGGGCAUUAUGGCGUUACUGUGGGUGGAGGGGACGGGGAACAAGCAGGGUAAAGAAAAGUCACUUCUAAGAGUAGCCGGAGGAAAAAUAGAGUAAAAUUAUCUAAUGUAAACGGGAAAAAUACGUAUCAUGUGUAGUGUCAGAGAAUAAUUGUAGAGGGACAGCAUUGGGCGCCAAGACGACACAGCGCUUUUUCAUUGGCGGCAUUUUUUAAAGUAGAGAGUUUCAAUCCCUCUUCUGCGAUUAAUAUUGGCCAGUUUUGUAGGACGCGGAACGAAUACGAUUCACCUCCGGACAUUUGUUGUUCCGACUGGCAAAGCAUUCUGGUGAUGGUGAACUUCCGGUUGGGAAGUAAAUGAAGAAACACGACUUUUCGGGUCGUUGCAGUGGAAAACUUCGGGGAGCAACGGAACCUCUGAAAAGGCAGUUCCUGUUUCCCUGACGGUCGGAAUUGUAAACACGAUUCUGGGACGAAAACGUAACGUUAAUAAACCCAAUCCGUAAACCGACCGGUUUGCCCAUGUAAAUGGUGUAGAGUAAUCUGCUGAUAAUGAACAGAGCAGAUUGAUCUCUGUUUUUGGAUUUUUGUUCCAGCAAGGAAUCUGAAAACGAACUCUGCCUUGGGCGGUUAUCAGAGCAAAUUAUAAUUUUGUCCUUGAGAACAGAAAUAACAAAAGAACGAAAGGCAAAUCCAAUUGAACUUGAAAUGUCAGUAAUUAAAACUUCGAACGGCCAUUUCAAUUUUCUUUUUUCACUCGUGAAGAUUAGAAUACUGAUUUUUCCUAGUUUUGAAACUCUCAAUAAUAGUCUGUUUGAGAAACUGGAAAAUAACUUCUGAACAGUGAGUCAAAUAAAGUGAAUCCAAUUUCUGAAAUAAAUAAAUAAAUAAAUAAAUAAAAUUAUGGAGGAAAAUUACCGUGAGGUCCUCCUAAAAGUAAUAAUAAUUCCCUAAUAAAUUCAAGAACUAGCAGACCCAAAAUAAAGAAAACAAAUAUUUUUUUCGACAGUGCAAAAUCUCCAGCAACGAAUAUCAUAAUACUUAAUGCUGUUUCGUUAUUAUUCGCUCUAACAUUUUUCAGUUUCGUUGUUUUCUUUCGUCAGCAUGUCCGUUCCGGAACUCUGUCUGGUGGGUCACGCGCAACAAACUCUCCGGGCCAGAAAUACUUUCGCCGCGCUAACGUCGAUUUUGCUGUCGCACAGUAAACUACAAAGUUUUGCUCGCUAAGGUAGUUUGGUUGUUUCUAUAUGUUGCGGAUGCUAUCUGUAACAUCGAGAAACAGCUUAGUAGCUCCCGCUGAGUUUCCAACCUCUUUAUAUAUUAUUUGUAGUUUUCGUGUCUGGUUUUUCCUCUUGUUGAGGAAAAAAUGGCUGUCAAAGUAUUUAACGUCCUGGCCCGGGUUGCUCGAAGCAUGGUUAGUGCUAACCAGCGUUAAGUACCAUGGAAACCUAUACAUUUUGAUACCUCUUAACCAACGGUUAGCGCUAACCAGGCUUCGAGCAACCGGCCCCAGAUAUUUAUAAAAUAUCUUUGAUUGUUUAGCAAAUACUUACUUAACUUACCGCGUAAACAGGUUUUGAAAAUGUAAAGACGUAAUAUAUGAAUGACAAUGUACACUGAGAUGAUAUUUAAGGUUCUCUUGUUUUACUUUCCAAUUAAAAGGAUGUAAAAAACAAUAGACCUUGUCACGGUUUUCGACGCCAUCUUGACGAGUAGGCAAACGCGUGAGAAAUAACAGUGAUUGUAUGAGAAUCUAAUGUCAAAUAAUUUCCGUAAAACGGCUGUUCUGAAAAAAAUACGAUUUGUAAACUAAAGCUUUACUCCUAAGGAUUCUCUUGAAAAAAUUUGAGGGCGUUACAUGCACUAGAAGACCUAGAACCACUUUUUAAAAUUUUCUAUACAUUUGUCUGUAAGAAAGUCCCGGAAAAAUUACAGACAAAUAUAUGGAAAAUCUAAAGAAAGCCUCUGGAGAAAUUUAAGCACAGGUACGCCCCAAAAUUUUUUUGGAGAAUCCUUUGCUUUGUAGCUUUACUUUACAAUUGAUAUUUUGUUCAGAACAGCCGUUUUACGGAAAUUAUUCGACAUUAGAUUCUCAUACAAACACUGUAAUUUCUCACGCGUUUGCCUACUCGUCAAGAUGGCGUCGAAAACCGUGACAAGGUCUAUUCCUGAAACUCAUUGAUAACACAAAAAUACCAUAUUUUCUAAAUUAAACGCCGGCGGCUUUUAUUUCAAAUUUGGCUUAGAGGACCCGGUCUUUGUUUCAAACUGUAGUUUAUUCAGAUCAGACUCUCUUUCACAAUGGGUCUUUGAUAGCUGUUCUCGACAGCAUUAACUGCACAACGCAUUAAUGCCCAAGGCGCCUUUAUAGAGCUUCCAUUUUGGCCCGGUGUUAAAUUUAGAAAGUUCUGGGCAAAAGAAAUUAAUGUUAAAUGAGAGUCUUGAAAUCUAAUAAAACUGUACUUCUAUUUAAUUUUAGCUCAAUUUAAUGCUCUUAGUCAAAGCAACAUAAAACUUGAGCAUCGUUGAACAAAUAAACUAACGUUUUUC